AUGGAAGGAUAGAAGACUGAGUUACGCAGAUGUAGGUGUGAAGAGAUUGGAGUUACCUGUUAAAUAUCUCUGGAUGCCGGAUAUUUUCCUGAUAUCAGGUGUGAAGGCAGAUGAGAUGCCGUUACCCUUGACAACAGAAGCGUCCAUCUUUAGUGAUGGAACCGUGCGGUAUGUCGUACCCUGGACCUUCACUGUGCCUUGUAGGAAACGAUCCGAGUCGGACUCAUGGGAGUGUCAGGUUGUGUUCCAGUCGUGGAACAAGCCGGCCGAUGAGAUAGCACUGUCUCCUAUCGAAGAAUUUUUGGACGCGGAGGAAUACAACGGCGACUUGCAGUGGAGCGUCCAGUCCGUGUCAGCUGAUAGGCUGAUCACGAAUGUGCGCAAUGAGGCAGACAAGUCCAGACUGAUCUUCACACUGGUUCUGACUAAGAAUGUGUCAGAAGCAUAAAUUUCAACUACAUGGACAAGCUAUGUAUUUUAAUAAAUAUUUGUCCACAGGACGAUAUUUUUGUCGCAUGAUAAACGAUUUCUUCCAUAUUAAGAGAGUAUUGUGACACAGCAUUAUAAGGAUACAUCAAAAGUAGUAAAUGGUGAUUGAUUUAACUCUAUUUCCGUUUGAUAGAAAGGGUUAAUUUUUUAAUUGAGGGAUAAUUGAGGGAUAAUUGAUUUAAUAAUAUUUGUGAAUGGUGCAAAUUGUCACGAAGAAAAUGAUUUGUGUAUUGGAUAUAACAGUAACCAUUGAAAAAAAUAUAGCAAGUUGUUGCUGACUUUAAUGCUUAUGAACGCUUACUGUCGGCAGAUGUCCGUUCUUAGCAACAGAGACAAUGCAGUUUGAUUGAAUUUUGAUAACAGUAUCAAUAAUAAUAUUGAUAUAGGUCCAUAAAUUUGGUGACCCACGUGAUGUAAAAAUAUAGGGAUAUAAUUUUUGUUGACAAAUUGGUGAAGUCGGAUUUCAAUAUCUAUUCAUAUACAUAUAUUCUGCAGUGACUUUUUUGUAUUUCAAGCAUUCAAUAACAUAUACAGCUGUACGAAAUGUUUAUGUUUGUUAGGAAACUCUAUUUGUGAAACAUGUAUACUAGUCUUUCCUAACAUCACUAGCAAAAAUACAAUACGGUUAUACUAUAGUCACUAACAUUAGAUACAUUUUCGUUAACGUUAUUUUUCUAUGACGAUAAUAAAUCAGGAAAUGAUUGUUAGACAAAAUGUAUAUCAUUUAAAAACAGGUGGACGACUAUUAUUAGUUAUUGGGAAUAUUGUGUACUUAGUAGAUCAAGUUGACCCUGGCAUCCCUUCCCAAGUAUAUCUAAUGAAAUAGCCCUACGAGUUACAGAUGGGAGUAUGUAUGUCAAGAUUCUAAAGCUGGUUCCUGUUCCAGAAAAUAAAUAAAAUUUUUGCAGGGG